GUGGAAAUUGUUCACAAUUUUUCACGUGGCUCAACCAUGCAAAACUUUGAUGAUCUUGAUAUAGAAGGACGUAAUCCCUCUCAUUUAUCGGAAGCAGACAAAGAGAAGGAAGAGUAUGAUCGAAAACGUUUAAUGAGGAGCAGCGUCACUGCCGAAGAUGGCACUCUCAGACCUGUAUACUCUGAAACAGAAGAUGGUGAUAUAUGGUGUCAUAUAUGUAAUAUUGCUCUAUUUGGAGCACAUAAAUUACUAAAUCAUAAUAUGUGUAAUCGUCACAAAAUGAAAUUAAACGAAUGGCCGUACCCAGUUUUAUUAUGGUCGAAACGGUCAGACAUUGUAAAAACAGCUCCACCUGUACAAUCAACUGCCAUUGGUGAUGGUCUGGCACCUGGAGAACCAGUACCACCAGGCAUGGAAGAUCAAAUAACCAGAACAACUACGAUUCAGAUGAGUCUGGAUCGACAUAGAAGUUCUCCGCUUGUUGGUCUUGAAUAUCUGCUUGAAUUGGUCGAUAAUGACUCUUGCGAACCCAGUUAUACAUGUGUUUUGUGUGAUAAACGAGGUGACCCUCGCACUGUUAUGGCUCAUAUUACCAGUUAUAAUCACAGAAUAACUUAUCUAAAUAGACAUUUCCCAACAAUAUCGCGAGCAAUUACGGAAUUACCGCGUACUCCUAAUUAUAAGCGUGGAGCUAAUGAAAUAUCUGUGUUAGUGGCUAAGAAGAUCGAAGAACGAUUUGGAAGAUUGCAGCCGCAGUUGGUCGACAAGAAUCAAUUCGAAAAAAAUAAAAUGCAAUACAUCAAGAGGGUCUAUCAGGAUUACCAUUUUAGGGAAACGCCAGAGUUAACGUUUAUGGAUGUUUACGAUGUGCGAUGGGUAACAAACUUCGAAGAGAAGAUGGCUGAAAUGACUGGUAAUAGUAAUUCAAAAAAAGAUUCUCAACCUGCUGAUGAGAAACAAGACAGUAAACAUAAAAGUGAAGAUAAGAAAACUGAAAAGUUAUCUCCAAAAAAAACAGAGUCGAAAUCAGACACUACAAAAUCGGGUUUCAAGAUCCGUAUUCUCACGAGGGAUAAAUUAAGUAUACGUAAACCCUUAGAUAAAGACGAAGAGAACGUGAAAAAGUCCCCCAAACGCCCCUCCGACGAGACGAAAUCUCUCUCGUCACUUUCGAGUAUAUCAAGUAGCCCAUCGCCGUCGCGUUCCAGAUCGCGAUCACCUGUUCGUAGCCGUAAAGCCAGUUCAGUAGAUAAAAGUGGAAAGUAUCGUAGUAAAUCGCGUUAUUCGCGUGAUCGUACGCGUUCACGUACGCGUUCGCGUUCACGUUCCCCAGAGCCACUUAGGGAGCGAGAUAAGUGGGACAAAUAUCGAGAGCAAAUCAGACGUGCCGAGGAAACACUCGAUCGCGCGUUAAAGUUUCACGAGAAGAACCCAGAGAAGCAUCCGUCUUAUCCGGACGAAUGGAAAAAGUUUUGGAACAGGCGGUAUAAAGAGUUGCAAGCCGAGGGCAAAGAUCCAAGCAAACAUGACUUUAAACCCGAGUGGAUUGAGUUUUGGAACAAACGAAUGCGCGAAAUUCACAACGAACAGCUGCAACAGCGGAAGGAGGAGAUCAGGAAACGAUUGGAAUUGCCGGAAGAUAAGCCGCCGGAGAAAUGGAUUCCAUCGAACAGGCGCGACAGAUCGCCUAAAAGGAGUCGCCAUCGCGUGGAGAGCGACGACGAGGUGGAAUAUGUGGGCACGAAGACGAUAAAGACGGAUUAUUACGAUCGUCAUGACAUGAGGGAACGUGAUUACGCGUACUCUUCAUACAUGCGUGGAAGGGGAAGCAUGUAUAGAAGCAGUUACUACCCUACCCGAGGUAUUCCACCUCGUACCAGACCGAUACAUUACGCGACACCGUAUCCCGUGAAAGAUAAAUCCCCGAGUCCAAUACCGGAUGAAGUACUGACCGAGGAUUUAGAAGUCGUCGGUUUAUUGCGACUACUUACAGCACUGGAAGCUCAAUUAGGUUCUCUCGGGCCAAAAAUAGUAUCGCUCCUCUCGAAAGCGUUAGCAGCGGAAAAGGCGAAACCUAACUCUGCCGAAGAGCUGUUAUACGACGAAGAGGUGAGCGUGCUGUUCGAAACGGUUAAAGAAAAACUGAAAGGUCAGUUGUUUGCGGGGAUGAUAGAGAAAAUGGCCAUAAUGCCGACGAAGACUGCGAUACAAAACAUCGCUCAGUUGUUGCACAAAGCGACGGAAAAUAAAAAGAAAAUGGAGGAGGAGAAGAAGAAGAAGCGGGAGUUGGAAGCUGCCAGGUCAACAAGCUAUAUACCCAGGACUAUUUAUCCGCGGCCGGUCGAGAUCAUUGCACCGACGAUUAAGUCCGAACCCGUUAGCGUACCUGGUGUCGGGACUGUAGACAAAGUAGCUAUAGCUCAGCAGAUAGCAGCUGCUUUGGUGGCGCAAGGUAGAUCUAACGUGUCGCAGGAGGAACUGGAAACUCUCAUUAACGCCGUCGUAGGAAUGGCCGAGGCGUCUAAAAAUUCUGAUAAGCCAGUAACGACCGCUGACUUUGUCAAGGGAUUGUCAAGCGGAAAUAAUGCUCUUUCUCAGACUGCGACACCUGCACCCGCUGCUUCGACGGCAGUGGAUACGAUUGAACGUCAAACUUCCAGAAUGGAGAGUCUGUCGGAUGCAGACUUAAAGUCACUUCUACAGAACUUCAAGGACUUGACCACUCAGGAGCAACACGGGCUUAUUAAUUUCUUGAAGAAGCUAGAGGUGACCGACCCGGUCCGAGUGGAAAAGUUAAGAACGUUCGUUAAUCUAGGCACGACGUCCAUAGCAUCAGCAGCGCCAAAGAUAAAGUCACCGACGCCAGAGAAAGUAGAGAUAACUUCUAAAUCGAACAGAAGCAUUUCUCCGUUCUCCGGGCGUAAGAUAAAUCAGAAUCUCGUGGAGGAGGAAGACAAAUGGAAACCGAAGAUAGACAUGUUUGCGAAUGAUGAUGAGGAAGAACAGCCGACCAAGAACGACAAUGAUGACAAACAAAAAAACAAAUUAGACCUCUCGGACGACGAUGACGAUUAUACGUUUGAAGAUAUAUAUAAGGCAGCGGAUAAAAACGUCAGUGAGAAUGAGAAGGCGAAGAAAAAGUCGCGGGCGUUUUCGAAAUCGUUGUCGAAUUCACCGCGAUCGUGGACGCGCUCGCAUUCACGUUCGAGAUCGCGUUCCCCCGUAAGAUCGAAGGAUUUGACGAAAACUAACGAUCCAAAUGCGAUUUUAAACGAGACCAAACGACUAAUAGCUAACAUAAUGGGCGAGCUUCCAAACAAAUACGUGCUAAAAUCGCAUUUAUCCCUCGGGAACGAUAAUUGCGAACAAAACACGGCGAAAGCAGUUGAUCUAAUGUCUAAUACAUCAACGGCUUCGGCACCGAGUUUUUAUAACCAAGAGUACGUUCAAAAUAAUCAACAAUCUUGCUCCCGUCCACAAGGACCUCCUUUAAGUUAUCCGAACAUGUCCAAUCAACAGUUCCAAAAUUAUCCUCAACAAGUUUAUAGUGGUAAUCAGGGUUACAUGGACAAUAGUUAUAAUUAUCAAGGCUACGGUGGUCUAGGUAAUCAGGGUCAAUACAGUGGACCGUCCAUGACGUCGAAUCAAUAUCCAACACAACAAAAUUACGAUGCAUCAGCUUACGUUGGACCACCCGCCGGUCAUUCUUCUAAUUAUUCACAGCAACAACCGCAACAACAAUAUGGGAAUUAUGUGCAGCAACAGCGUUUCUAUUAAAAUGUCGUUCAAUUUAACGGAUCAGUCACAAUUAAUUAUAUAAGGAAUUUUGACAUAAUUGUAAAGCUAUUUGCAAUUGUUAUGGGACUAGUUUUUACCACGGACGCUACAACUAGUGUCCAACGGGGAUGUUUCAAUGUUACUAGUUUCAAGAACCUUAACCGAGAUUUAGAAAUGAUCAGGAUCCUAUCGAAUUUUUAAUUUAGAUGAAUUAAUAUCGUUGUACAUACGUUUUAAUAUAUAAUGGUAUUUUUUUCACUAUUAUAUUGAUCAGAAGCACCCUGAUCAUUUCUACAACAAGAAAAAAGAAAAAAAAACAAGUUGAAAAUACGCUUAUUUCAUUAUCACAAACUUCCCAAUAAAUUUACACAUUUACAUUUUCCCUCGUGCACGAAAUGUUUAUUUCCUCGUCGUUUUUUUAUACGUUUAUAAUCCGCGUGUUAUUAUCGUUCUCGCUAGUAACGAGAAAAAGAAAAUAUAUCGGAGACCGACGAGAUUCUUUUUGUCGUGCAUAUCGCACAGGCGUGGAGUGAGUGUUUUUAAGGAUGGUGUGUAGAAAAAAGUAUUGAUCGAUGUCAACCGGACAAAAGUAAGUAAAGAGGAAAAAAAAAAAAAA